AUGAACUGUCACAAUGCAAAGCAAUCGUUUUUUCCAGAGGGAGCAGAAAGAUCCAUUGUCGUUAAUAACAGCAACUAUGUCGAAGGCUGCUGCAGUUACGAUUGCCAACAGCAGUCCGCAACACAGCUCCAACAGCAACUUUUCACGGGCAGUCGGGUCGGUACCAAUUUAUCAACUACCAACACCCAAGCAACGCCCAUCGAUCCUGUCGUCUCAUCCAGUACGAUAUCCAGUGCCGGCGUUUCAAUCUCCAAACACGCUAAUCCCUCCGUCAAGAAUCGAUUGCCACAUUCCUCCAAAAAGAACGCGACAAGAGCUUACCAGCACGGACCCCGUAAUUCGCCUUAUACGGCGAAAAUUAAAACAAGAUGCGAUUGUCCAGAAAAAAGCCAUUCAAGCAAUAUCAUCAUUGAGACACGCCGUGCAAUCACCACCAAAAAGUCAAGAUCAGAUAUCACUGCAAACAAUGCAUGCACCAUCGACAAGUCCUCUCAGCGAAGACUCCGACAACGAGAAAGCCCUUCCACUCUCACCGGUGCCCGUCCUUCGGAUGACAAACUCGUCUCUUCCAUCACAAUCGAGCUGCCCAGGCAGCAAGAGUGUCAGCAGCUCCGAGACUAUCAACAGCCGACGCAGCAGCAGUCAACACACAGCGAUGCUGGUAGAAUCACAAGUACCAAGCGAUCGUCCGGAGGAAGUGGAGCAGUCUCAUCGCUGUCUCCAAUCGUUAAUUUGUUGCCCAUCGAAAACGGAAAUCAGAAGCUUUCCACGAGCGUAUCAAGUUUUUCUCCUCAAAGCGGCGGCAACCAUUUUCCUUUGCGUAACGCUGCUUCUGAUCGGCUACAGUUUGGGAAAUUGGCAAACGAUUCCGGCGUCCACAACUCAAUUGCCUGCGAAAGCACCCGACGGCUCAAUACUCAUUCCAACUGUGUACACGCAAGCGCUGGUAAACCUUCUGAACACACUUCAAAGCGAUUACGAAUUUGCGUUUCCGAGAAGAUAAAUAUUGAAAGUGAGCGUUUCGAUCGCGAAAUUCGUAAUGCUAUUUCUGCCGAAGUUUUAAACGCCAAAUUACGCCAGUCGAUAGAACACCCGGAAGGAUCAACGGACAAGCCACAAUUGCCAGAGGAUGCACACAGUGCCACGGACGAGCAAUAUAAAAAGAAGUACAAUUCAUCUGGAGAUACACAAACACCUCCAAAGAGAGUUUGUUUAGCCAAAUUACGCCAGUCGAUAGAACACCCGGAAGGAUCAACGGACAAGCCACAAUUGCCAGAGGAUGCACACAGUGCCACGGACGAGGUAAGAGCACCACCUUUUACGAUGCUUCUUCAACAUUUUUAG